AUGGCGGGCCCUCGCUCCUCCCAGCGAUCCACCGUCUCCUCCCGCUCCACCACCCCCCACGCCGCAUCUUCCGGCACAAUCUCCGGCGCCAAUUUCGGCGGAUCCUCCGCUCCCGCGUCCCCUUCCUUCCUCUCCCGCGCGUUUCCCGCGUUGGCAGCUUCGGUUCUCGCGCUAACGGCUGUCGUCUUUGCGUUCACCUACUCGAGGCCGUCGCUUGGGCGAUGCGACUUACUCCAGCUGCAGCUGCUGGGACGAAAGCAGGGAGACGACCUGGGGAAGCACCUGAAAGUGCUGGAGAAGCAGAUGAAUUACAACAAGAAACUCGUGGGCGCACUACAGGCAUCUCUCGCCAAGUUGACUGCUGCUGACUCAGCAGCAGCGGCCGAGGCGGACGCGUCAGCGCCUGCUGACGUGGCAAUCCCUGGGAACGCCAGCACACGCCAGCUGGUCGAGCUGGCAGCGCGACAGGUGGCGGAUGAAGUCCGGGCAUCAAUGGAGGAAACGUGUGGGAUGCAGCGCAGGUCGUGGGAUGGGGACAAGGCAAGGAGCACGUUACUAGAUACCAGGGCAGAUCAGCAGGUGGCAGAGGGGGGAAAGGGGGGCGGUGGGGGGCGAAGGAGGAGACUGGCAGGUGGUGUUAGUACAUUUAGGGGAAGAGGAGGAGGAGGAGGAAUGGAUCAGUCAUGGUUUCGGGUCGAGGGAGGGGAGGUGGAGGGAGGGGAAAUGGAGGAGUGGGAGGUUUCACAGGAGGAGCUGGAAAGUGGAGGAGAGGAGGAGAGUGUGAGAGAGAAGGUGGAGGAGGUCGAAAGGAGGGCGGGCGGCAGGCGGCGGCUGCUUAUGUCGCGAGACGAGUGGCCGCGUGUGACUUAUCUGUUCCGAGGGAAGAUGGCACACCAGAGGCAUCCUGAGGAGAACGCCACAGAAGAGCGCGAUCUGAACAACAAGUUCCUGGAGUCGUUCAAGCAACCAGGGGGGCAGCAGCCUGACUUGCAACCCCUCUUCACCUAUUCACCCCUCUUCACUCCUCUUCACCUCUCUUCACUCCUUCUACAGGAGAACGCCACAGAAGAGCGCGAUCUGAACAACAAGUUCCUGGAGUCGUUCAAGCAGCCAGGGGGGCAGCAGCCGGACUUCCUCAUUAUGAGCAUUGGGGCGCAUGAGGUGAUAGGGUGGAAUCGCCGCCUGCCACCCGACCUGGAUGUAGCAACGUUCAAGAGGGACACAGAGGAGCUGCUACAGCUGCAACAGCUGCUACAGCUUGUUGUGACCCCUUAUGUGCUGCCACUCACCUGUUCCUCCCUGACCACAGGUGAUAGGGUGUGGAAUCGCCGCCCCCCUCCCGACCUGGAUGUAGCAACGUUCAAGAGGGACACAGAGGAGCUGCUACAGCUGCAACAGCUGCUACAGCUUGUUGUGACCCCUUAUGUGCUGCCACUCACCUGUUCCUCCCUGACCACAGGUGAUAGGGUGGAAUCGUCGCCCCCCUCCCGACCUGGAUGUGGCAACGUUCAACAAGGACACAGAGGAGCUGCUACAGCUGCUACAGCUGCUAUGAUUUAUCGUUACCACCUUCCCGCUCCGGUCCCCCACCCUCACCACAGGUGA